CUGCAUGCCGUAGUCGUGAAAUAAUUUUGAGACCUGUUCUUUCCAUUCCUGAGUGCUCGAUGCUGUAUUCCCAAACGUGCCGUUUCUCAUCGAGAGAUUUCUUUCCGUUCGGCAGGGCUGGGGUUUUUUUUUGACAUUUCGUAGCCGAGGCUUGGUUUGUGCAUGUUGUGGCAUACAUGGGAAUCUGCCUUUUUCCGCCCGCAUCCUUUUUUUGUGGGUCUCUCUUGUAUGCUGCUUGUGUCCAUCAGAAGAGUAGACCGUGUGUGUUCCUGUGUCCCCAUAUCUGCAGGCUACUAAAUUAUUAUGCACAUGUCUACGAGCAGCCAGCUAAUAAGGAAUGCAAGGGUGUGUGUACAACAACACCCCCUUUUACCCCCCCUGUGCUAAAACGGUGUUUGGUGUGUCCACAUUUCUGAUUUCUGUAUAUGUGAGGUGUGUGCAUGCGCACAUAAGCGCUGACUUAGUGUGCAGUAGUGGUCCCUUCUGCCUCUUGCCUGCUUAAUGGGUUUUGAGUGCCCUGGUUUUUUCCCUGAGAUCUGUUUGAUCACCUGUGUGUACCUUCUGUGUCUGUGAUUUUCCCCUUUUCUGCUCGAGUGAUGUCAACUUGGCUUCUGCCGCGAAUACGGUCUGUUCCUAACGGAAUGGGCUUUCUGGUUCUUGUUUACAAAAAUGGCCCUACGGUAUGUGGCCGGAGUAUGCAUGCCCACAGCAGUGUGUGUGUGUGUGUGUUUUAUGAGAUUGAUACCAAUACAGAGCACCGAAGUUAAUUCAGUGUGCAACCUUUACAUGCUAAAAGCAUCUCUCUAAGGCCGCCUGCUGCCUCUCCCUCCCUGACAACUUCAGUUAUGUUUGCCUAAAACCAUGUGUCUCUUGGUGCAGGUUGUUCCACACCCGCUGUACCAUGCGGUCUCCUUUGGCAGCCCCGCAGCCUCUCCUCCGCCCUGGGAAGAGGCUCCCCGGUUCCUGUGAGCACCUAGAUUUUCUCUGAACAGCUCCUGAUGUGCCCAGCUGGGCACUAAGCAGGGAGGCCUGCAGCGUCGCCUGUUGCAGCCGAUGCCUGUCGCCGAGGAUCCCACCUUCUCCAUUCACACGUGGCCUGAUAACCACCGCCAAGAACCAGCCGAGCCCUCCAGAAGGCUCGCUGACCGACGCCAGUACCACUGCCUCUUCUCGUCCACCAGGUCCUGGGGAACACAAUGUCAAAGUCGCCUGUCCGCUCCCAGACUGUCUACUCUCUAUUAUAAGAUUCCAAGGAGUUCCAUCGGCCCCGAUAACUCCGCGAUUCGUAACCACCGCAUAUGCCUGUAAACCGAAGGCCUCGCGGCCCUCCCAUGCCUGUAAUGGCAAGAGGGCCCUUUUAAGCUCUCUUGUCCAAACCGUGACACCAGCUGUGGAAGGCCGGGAAGCAGUCGAUUUGAGAGCUUCUCUCCUGUUGCCGAAGACCUCUAGGAAAACUGUCUGCGAUGACGAGGGACCUCUAGGAACUCUGGAAUGUUUGGUGCUAGCCAAAGAAAUCCUCUUGGUUUCAGAGCCCCCUCCUCCUAUGACUGCAGUCCAAGAACAACUUGAAGACCCCACAGCUCUGUACAGUCAACACCAGCUCGGGUCUUUCGCUCCCAAAGCACGGCAAACCACUAGCCGAAGAACACUGGGUUUUGGUAGGUGUGACUUUUUGUAUGCCUGCUGCCGGAGAUGUGCUUGUAGUCAGAAAGCCGUGGAGCGGCUGUAGUGUUCUUGCAUCUCUACCGGCAGAAACAGCAAGACCUCCACGCUUCCGUAAUUAAAGAUGACCCCCAGGAUCGCCUGCAGGUAAACCAAAGGCUUUGGGGGACGCCUGUAGCACGAGGACCGCUAAUUUUAAAUACAGGUGUCGCUCUACUGCAUGCCUCAUAACCACUAAACCUUGGCCUUUUCCUGCAGCCAGUUCCUCUCUGUCCCAGCAAACGGAGAAGCCUCGUGAAUCUCUGGUCAGGAAGCCUCCGCCUGCCGGUGGCUCCUUUACAUGUCUGCAACCAAAAAAAAGCCAGGCCUUGCCAACGCUCUGGCUGUAGCCCUUAAGGCAUAGCUCAGAAGGCCCUCGAGAAGCAGGAAGGGCUUCCCUGAUGCCUGGCUGCGAGGAAGGAGGCGUGAAGGGCUGAGGUCUCUCCGUGGGGGGCAGCGCCAUGUAGAGGCGCCCCAGAGGGGGGAGCGGAAAUGUGUGCAGGGACUCGUGGGUAACUGCAGCCCGACAGGCCGGGGAGAUACGUUACAUGAAUGUCCAACGGAGGCAGGUUCGAGUUUGACGAUGGCGGCUGCUAUGUGGGAGACUGGGAGGAGGGCCGGGCGCAUGGCUACGGCGUAUGCACAGGCCCCGGGGCCCAGGGGGAGUACAGCGGGCGCUGGAGCCGUGGCUUCGAAUCCCUGGGCGUCUACACCUGGCCCAGCGGCAACACCUACCAAGGCCACUGGAGCCAAGGGAAGCGGAGCGGGCUGGGCGUGGAGCGCAAGAGCAAGUGGAGCUACAAAGGGGAGUGGAGUCAUGGGCUGAAGGGGCGCUCCGGCGUCUGGGAGAGCCAGUCGGGAGUCAUCUAUGAAGGCAUGUGGCGCGAGGGCCUGCAGGAUGGCUACGGCAUGGAGACGUACGCCGACGGAGGGACCUACCAGGGCCAGUGGCAGUCUGGCAAGCGGCACGGCUACGGCGUUCGCCAGAGCGUUCCUUACCGCCAAGCUGCCCUGGUGCGCUCGCCGCGCCGCACCUCUCUGGAGUCGCUCCACAGCGAGACCGACCCCAAUGCCCCUGCCCCGCCCCUGCCGCCCCCUCCUCUGCCCCCUCCGCCGCUCCCCGGGGACAGCCCGGCCUCAGGGUCCAGGGGCGGCUUUGUCUUGGCCUUCCCCGGCGAUCCGGACUUCCCCAAGGGCGCCAAGAAGAAAUCGGGGGGCUUCUUCCGCCGUUCCCUGCUCCUGAGCGGGCUGCGGGUGCGCAGGGCCGAGUCAAAGGCCUCUUUGGGGAGCAAGCGAGGGUCCCUCAAGAGCGAGGCCGGGGUCAGCUCGGCCGGGAGCGAGGCCACCACGCUCAGCUACGCUGAGACGGAGCCCCCGGAGCUGCCGUCAGCGCUGACCAUCGAGGGCUCUUCCACCGAGGUCUACGCCGGAGAGUGGCGCGUGGACCGCCGCAGCGGCUACGGGGUCAGCCGCCGCUCCAACGGGCUGCGGUACGAGGGCGAGUGGCUGGGCAACCGCAGGCAUGGUUACGGCCGCACGACCUACCCGGACGGCUCCAAGGAAGAGGGCAAGUACAAGCUCAACCGUCUGGUGAGCGGGAAGGUGAAGAACCUCAUCCCACUUCGCCGCAGCAAGGUCAAGGAGAAGGUGGACCGGGCCGUGGAAGUGGCCAGGAGGGCAGUCAGCAUGGCCCGGCAGAAGCAGGAAGUGGCCAUUGCCAGAGCCGCUGACGCUCGUCUGAAGGCUGCCACCGCUCUUGGCGCAGCCGAGAAGGCCCUGGAAGCUGCCCGCCUGGCCAAAAUAUUGGCUCAAGAACUGCAGCCCAUCUUAGCCGAGCCAGAGCCCCGCGGCCGGCUAGAUUCGGAAGGCACUGACACAGACUUCCAGGAGUACGACAGCCCCCAGGUCUACGAGAAUGGCAUCACCCCCUCAGAUGUCACCCCGGACCCGAGCUUGCCCCCCAGCUACCCUCCAACGCCGCUGCAGCCCUGGCGUGGGGACCCUCGGCGGACUUGGCCCCCCCUGGAGAACGGAGGUCCUCGCCAGCACCUCCCCCCGGAGGCCUCCGACCCCGAGGACGAGUGGGGCUGCCGGGGGAGCUUCCCUUCCCGGACACCGGGGUUCGUCCCCGAGGGGCUGUGGGAGGGGGAGCAGGAGCAGCUCAGCAGCUACGAGGCGGAGGAGGAAGAUUACGAGGGGGCGCCCCCACGGCGCCCGCAGCUGGGCAGCCCUGCCAGCGGCAGUUCUGGCAGUCUCCGAGAGGAGGAGGAGGAAGAAGAAGAGGAGGAAGGAGCAGCGGCUUCCAGGCCUUAUCCUGAGGAGACCCAGGUAGAGACAACGCCGGCAGGAGGUCCCGGGGCCCCAGAGCUGGAGAAUGAGGAACUGCUUGGGGGUACGGGGUCCUUCGUGGCAGAGAGAGAGGAGCCCCCUGGAGCUGUGCGAAGAAGGGAGAGGCAGGGAGCCCACCCAUUGGUCGUUGCUGCUGUCCUGUUGAUUGAUGUGAGUCUGGCCUACCUGUUCUCCCUCCUCCUCACUUGAGAUGGGUGGGGGCAGAGGGGGUGCCUUUGACCCCAUUUCCUCCCCCCUCCAACGCCUCACAACGAUGGUUUGGUAACAGACUCCGAUCUCCUUCAUCCUCUGCCUUUCUUCCUGGAACCCCCCCCUUCUCUUUUUUCACUGUCUUUACACCCCCACCCCCACCCCUUUGCUGCCUCCUCCCUCCCUCCUUGACCUUUCUAGAUUGUUUACAUACGAAGGGCUCUCUUUCUACUGGAGAUUUCACUGUUUUUUCUUGCUCCUUUUCCUGGUCUUUUCACCCCAGCUCCAUAAUCCAUCUUUCUUAACCCACACUUUGAAACUCGGGGUGGGUGGGGGUCUUUUCACAAUUAUCUUAAUGGGGGAGUUGAGACUA